AUGUAUUUCUUCUUCAAAGGAAGAAAACUCUUGCGUGCUAUUUCUUGUUUUAUUCUCGAUGAUGGCAUUUUUGGGCUGAUUGCUAGCGUCUGCAGUUUAGUGGGUGAUACGCUGUCAAUCAAGGAAAUUCAGCCUCAUGUUAGGAGGUGGACAGCAUUGGUUCAGGUGGUUCAGAAGGGCCACGUCGCUGUGAGCCAAAGUUAUUCGUCCAUCUCCUACUGCCGCUUUCUUUUUGUAGAUGCUGAGGGAACAAAGGUUUCUGCGGUCGCAUACAAUAACAACAUAAGAACGAAUGCCGCCCUUUUGGUUCCAUUCAAAUGGUGCUAUGUUUCAGGCGCCACAGUAAAAAAGGUUGACAAGAAAUAUCUGGAGUACAAAAAACUCCACUCUUUUGCUGACUCUGAUAAUUUACAGAAUGUGUUGGGUGUAGUCGUGCACUCUUUCUCAUCCAGACAGAUUGGUGAAGACUCGGUCGCUAGAGAAAUAAUCCUUGUCAAUGAGGAAAAAAUACCGAUCAUGUUCACCCUUUGGAAUGAUUUUGCUACCACUGAAGGAUCGCAACUUACAAAUAACAUUCACUCAGCAAAUGUUGUUUUGGCUCUGAGAGUUAAAGUCACAACGUUUAAUGUAAUUUCUUUGUCCACUAGAGCUCCAAGCGCUAUAUUAAUUAAUCCUCCAAUGGCUGCAGCAGAUGAGCUUAAGCAAUGGUAUUCCCAACACAAAAAUGAAAUUGAUGAUAUGAUUGGAAGGGCUGCGUACAAAGACACCACUAUCCUGCUUCCUUAUCCAUCAACAGACAACGUUCUCUCGGUGCACACCAUGCUUAGUGGCGUUAAUAAUGUUCGAGCAGCAUGGAUUAAGGGUUGUGUGACUCUGCCACAUAUUCAGCAGUCGCUGUGGUUUAGUGCGUGUUCCAGCUGCCAUAAGAAAUUUGACUUGCAAACAAGCUCAGCCAUUAGGUGCAGCUCUUGCAGUCAAAACAACAUGAUAGAAGCUAGAGCUAGGAUCCCUUUGGAAAUCGCUGAUGGCACUGGAAUACUUUCGGCUGUAGUGUACGGAGAGGAUGCGGAAAGACUUAUUGCUUACACAGCACAACAGCUUCAGGCAGCAGAGGAUAAGGGUGCUGAUUUGGUAGCCACGAUUCGCUCUGGCAUAUGCGGAAAAAAUGUUGUAUGCUUUGUGAGGCUCUUUCAAGCUGCUGGGCCCACGUACUCGGUUGUCAAAGAUGAAGUGGAAACCCAAUUGUUUACGCCGUCAACUAAAGCAUGCCUAGAAGCUAUUCUUGAUGAGCCUACAACCAUGUCUACACCAAAAGAAUCCAAGUCAGCCACCGUUCGUUCUCUCCUCUUUGAGAAUCCUAAAACUACUGCAGAAUCUUUGGUUGCUACAGACACACACAAUGCUCCUGAUGUCCACGCGGCCUACAUAAGAACUAAGAAGAAGAAAAUGUCUGUCAGUCCUGAACAGGGGAAAAUGAAUCAGACAAUGCUAAAUCGGGGAGUGCAGCCACAUCAGAGCCAAUGGACUGCAUUAAUUCAGUUUGUGGAAAGGCUGCCCUCUAUCAGCGAUGAAGUUGACCCUUCAAUCAUCUAUCAGCGAUUUGUAUUUGUUGAUUCUGAGGGAACUAAAGUCUUGGCAGUGGCAUGCAAGGAGAGUGUCCAAGCGACUUUAGUACAAUUGAUUCCAUUCAAAUGGUAUCAUAUUCCCGAGGCUAUCUUAAAAAAAAGAAAACAAAGCGGUUCUGGAGGGAAUUACACCUUCACAUGUGUCAUUACUGAUAGUACACUGAUACAACCGUUGGGAGCAAUUGUACCAGACCACCUGCCUGCCAAUAUUGAAAUACAAGAAUUCCAUGCUUUGCACCGAUUUGCUGACUCUGAUAUUUUGCAUAAUGUCUUGGGUGUUGUCGUGCGCACUUUUCCUGCAAGACAGAUUAGCUUAAAUUUAGUUGCGAGAGAUAUUGUGCUGCUUAAUGAUGAGUACCUACAGAACAGGCUUCAGGUGUCGCACUUGAUUUUUUCUGCUGCGUAUAAAGACACUUCCAUACUCUUGCCACGUCCAUCGCCUGCAAAUAUCACCACAAUCCAUACCAACUGCAUGGAUUCAGGGCUCAAUUCGUUUAGGUCAUGUACAACAAUCCCUUUGGUUUGCAGCAUGUCAAAAUUGCGGGAAAAAAAUCGAACCAACCUAAGCGCCCGCCGUAGAUGCGUCUAUUGUAAUCAGGAUGGACGGGUUCAGCCAAGGGUGAGAAUCCCAGUGGACAUAAAUGAUGGAACUGGAAUAAUCCCAGUUGUUGUUUUCGGAUCGGAUGCAGAACGUUUGAUCAAUUACACUGGCCAGCAAUUGAAGGAGACAAAUAAGAUGGAAACCACUCUGAUUGCAGAGAUUAGUUCUACCAUCCAUGGAAUACGGGUUGUCUGUUUCAUACGUAAAUUCCAGGCAGAUAUCCCCAUCUACUCAAAGGUGCUGGAGGUGACAAAUGAAAUCAACCAUGAGAAUGACAAUGAAGAUAUUGCCGAACAAGGUGAAGCAAAUAUUGAAGGACAACAGCAUAUGGUUGGUGAUGCAAAUGCGGUGGUGCAGGGUCCAGUAGAUGCUCAGCAUAAAAUUCAUCCAAUCAUGGCAGAGCUCUUGUUCUCUUCCACAGAGGAUGAAAAACUAUUCAGAACUUGCAUACACCAACGAGUUUAUAAUUUACCAAGUGAAUCAGAGGUAGCUGCACUAUUGGUUGACGGCCAGGGAGAUGAAGAGCCCAAAAUGUUGGUCCAGACUGUGAAGCCGCAUGUCAACCGAUGGAUAACAUUGGUUCAAGUGCUAGAACAGAGACACAUAAUGGUCAGUGAAAGAGACCCAUCAAACACUUGGCAAGAAUUUCUCUUAGUUAAUUCUGAGGGAACACAGGUCUCAGCAGUUGCAUACAACAGUGAUGUACAAGCAUGUGCAAUGUUAUUGAUUCCUUCAAAUGAAGUCCAAAGGAAUUCUGUAAAUGAAUAUGGGUUUACAUGGAUAAUUACCCCCAAAAAAAUUAUACAACCAUCUGAACCAAUCGUGCCUGCACACUUGACUGUCAAUAUUGAAGCACGAGACUUCAUUGAUCUUCACACUUUUGCUGACACUAAAGUUUGCCACAUAGUUGCGCAUGCUUUUCCAGCCAAGCAAAUUGGACCAACUUUGUUUGCUAGGGACAUUAUACUGGUUAAUAAUGAGAGAAUACCAAUACUACUCACCCUUUGGAAUAAAUUUGCUCAAAGGGAGGGAAACCAACUAGCAAACAACAUAGAUCAAGCGAAUGUCAUAAUUGCCAUGAGAGUUAAGGUGACAACAUUAAACGGCAUAUCAUUGUCAACAAGAUCCCACAGCGCUGUGCUCAUUAAUCCACCAACAGCUGAAGCAAACAGUCUAAAACAAUGGUAUCUACAAAACCAAUCUGAAGUGGCACACCUCGUUUCAACCAAGGCGUAUAGAAACACAUCCGUCCUGCUGUCCCAUCCAAAGCCAGGAAACAUAGUCACAAUUCGCACACUACUGGAGGACAAGAACUAUCUGCCUACUGCAUGGAUACAAGGUUUCAUUCGCUUAUCGAACGUUCAAGAACCCCUUGCGGUUUCUGUAUGUCUCAAGUGUGAAAAUAAAAUUGAAGACCUACCGAGAACAGAAACUACUUGCAUCUAUUGUAACCAUGAUGGGUUGGUUCAAACAAGAUUGCAAAUUCCUCUCGACAUAACUGAUGUCACUGGAGCAAUAUCAACAAUUGUCUCCGGAAAUGAUGCAGAAGCACUCAUCAGUGGCAAAGUUGAACAGCUCCGCUUAAGAAAUACAAAGGGGACAGACUUCAUUGAGAAGAUCCGCUCUUACAUCUAUGGAAAAAGUGUUGUGUGUUUUAUACAGAAAUUCCAAUGCCCUGUGCCAGUUUACUCAGUCUUCAAGCUAUACAUAGAUGAGGAACAAAUUGAUUUGCAAACACUUGAUGUAAAGAAUUACAUGAACAACCCAAGUACUGGCAGUGGUAUCGAACUAAUUGCAGAAGAUGCGGAAGAAAAAAAGCAUGUUGCAAAAAAUCAAUUCCGCACCAACCAUCCUCAAAUGGAUAAUCAGGCACAAAAGGAGGUUCAUAUGUCCAGCACAAUUGAACCCUACCAUUCAACAGGCUUACAACGCUCUCGCAACAGCACAUGCUUUGUACUACCUCAGCCACAAACGGAUAUUCCCAGUGCAUCAUCUCCAAGCAUGUACCAAAAAAAAGACAAUCCAGUCAAGCCAUUUCAAAAACCACGCAGAAAUGCCUAAACACCGUGUGUUGUCUUAUGUGGCUGUUAUGUUGCUACCGUAAGUAUUUGCAAUUAACCGGCUACAACAGACCAUUUGUACAUUUUCUUUUGUUCGACUCUAUGUCAUCUUUUGCCAGGCUUAUUUUGGAACUCUGGGUGUACUUAUUUUAAAGGCUGAAAAAUUGCAGAUAUAAUAUUAAAACUUAAUGGUUAAAGGAACCUAAUUAAC